GAAAUAAAAAUACUCGAAAAGCGAUGCCUAGAAAAAGACAAAGAGAAAGAGGAACUGUUGAUCGACAAAGGGGCAACUAUCAAUAGAUUGGCGAGCGAACUCGAAGCGGCGCAGAGUCGAUUAGUGAACGGCGAGACCGCGCGGCUAAAGGAGAAGGUAGCGCAGUUGUCCAGCGAGAGGAAUGCGGCCAGGGAACAGGUUAAGGAAUUAGGGUCUAAGCUAGAGGUGACGGCGCACGAGCUGGUCCUCUGCCGGAACAAGCUGGCCGCCAGUCAGAAGGAGUACGAGAGCUGGCGCACUGCGCUGCACCAAAUUAUGGUCGACUCGCUCCCGGAAAACACAUAUCUUGGUGAACCUCCGUCGCCGGGUAAAUUAUCGACCCUGAAAGAUGCUCUAAGUAGAUAUAAGCAACAGAUUUACAAGGUUUCGGCGUUACAAGAAGAAAUUGCUAAAAGGGACAAAAAAUUGGAGCAGCACCGAAAACAAGAAUCUGAACUCCGAAGUAAGAUAGAAGAACAGAAGGGCGUCGAAAUGCAGCUAAGUUCACGAGUGGCCGUGCUGCAGAGCCAGCUGGAGUCGCUCGGCACCGGCGACGACAAGCUCAGCGAGCGCCUGCAGGCCGAGCUCGACCACGUGCGCGCGCAGCUCAGAGAUAUGGAGCUGAAGUACACGGAGUUGGAGUUAGAGCACGACAAGGUGAAGGAGUCCCGCGGGGGGCGCGCGUCGCUGGCCGCGGCCGCCAACGCCGACCUGCUGCGAGAGCUGGAGCGCUGCUCCGCGCAGCUGCGCUCCGCCGUCGGCGACAACACCGAGCUCAAGACGCUGUACCUGCAGGCUUGUAGUACACGGGACAGCGCGUCAAGAGAGCUAAAAGACGUCCAAUCAAGAAUACAACAAGAGCGAGACCUAUACAAGUCACAAGAGAAAGAAUAUGUGGAACGAAUAGAGAAGGAACGACAGCAGUUAGAGAAGCUCACCGCGGAACUCACCAGCUCCAAGGAGGAGCUCGAUCGAGCCAACAAGAGGAUAUCGGAGCUGCAGAAAGAGUUCACCGACAAACAGAAGGAGUUUACUGACAGGCUUAACAAAUAUCUUGAAGAUGAAAAAACUGCGAUGCGAAAGGAAAUGGAACCUUGCGCGCAAUGUGAGAAAAAUUUAAUGCAAAUUCGACAAUUGAAUGAGCAGCUCAGCAAAUGCAGUGUAAAAUUAGCAACCCAAGAGAGCAACGAAGCCUUAAUGCAGGAGUUAAAAGGCAAAGCGGAGUUUUUCCAACAGUACAUCCUCGAACGGUUCAACAAGCUGCGCGACCAGCGCUCCGUCGCCACCAACACCGACCCCACGCCGUCCGACAACUCCAUCGAGCACAUGGUGCAGACCUGCGACGACGCCAUAGCGACCAAGACUGCUCUCAUGAUGAAAGAAAAAGCUAUACGAGAUCAAAUAGCCGAAAAGUUCACAUUGGAAAUGAAAACGGCAGAAAUGAACUGUGCGCGACGGCUGAAGGAAAUGGAAAACGAGCAGAUAGCCACCGUCACCAAGCUGAAGGAGCUGCUAGAGCGCAAAAUGCAGGAGGUGGAGACCCUCAAACAGUUCAUACUGACUGAGAGAUCUAAGGUGUCGCAGAUACUAGAGUCAAAAGAGAACGAAAUAUCCGUGUUGAUAAGGGAACAUAAUAUGAUGCAAGCAGAAUGCGAAAAGACUAGGGACAUCCUCAAUGAGUGGAAGAUCAAAGCCGAGAAAUAUGAGAAAAAGAUACAGCGGUUAGAUUUACUUAAACAAGAAAAGGAGGAGUUGGAACACAGUCACAGUUCUUGUGAAAAAGAAUUAAGAAAUGUAAAAAGUAAAAUAAAUAGUUUGCAAAGAAGGGUAGCUACCUCCGAGCAGAGUUACGAAAGCUUGCAGGCAGAGCACCGGAACUUGUUGGAGAAGUACAAAAAUGCUAAAAAAUCUGUAAUGACACAUAGGGAAUAUAUUUCAAAAAAAGACGCACAUAUUAAUAACGAAUUCAAAAGAAUUCAAGAUGAGUACAGAAAAAUCUUUGUGAAAAUGCAAAGUCAGAUAACUUAUCUUUCCAACUUUCGGGUACAGGAGGAGAAAACAAAUGGGAGACCCGCCACGCCUACGAAUCACUACGAGUUUACAGAAAAAAUGAACAAGUUGACGAAGGAGUUUGCAGAACUCACUCAGUCUACAGUUGCGAUGACCAGUCAUUAUCCGGAUCUCAACAAAUAAGACCCGUUGGUAAGCUAUUAUUAAAAAUUAAAUCAGUCCUGAUAAUUCGAAUGUGAAGAAGAAUGAAGUGUAUAGUAUUGGAGGUUCUCCGAUUAGUCAUUCAUGUAUGCGUUGAAAGUAAUGUUCGUAUUUGACCUUGAUAGUCACAAGUUUGAAAUUUGAAUUAUUCCCGAGAAGUGAUGUUAUUGUUUAACUGAAUGUAUUGUUCAACGCUUUAUAAAAGCACUGUUAAAAAUAGCACUGGUUUGAGAUGAUAGAGAGCACUAGAGUAAAAUACUCUUUGUUUAAGAGCGUUAUAACAUUUCGGCGUCGGGCGAAAUUAGGUAUUUUACCCGCCGCGCG